AUGGAUAACAAAGAGUGGAAUAACCAAACAGUAGUAAAAGAAUUCAUUCUUCUUGCAUUUGGGAAUAUCCAUGAGUUUCAAAUUCUCCUCUUCCUGGUGUUUCUAGCAAUCUACAUUGUGACCAUGGUGGGAAACUUGCUUAUCGUUGUCUUAGUCACCACUGAUCAUCACCUUCACACUCCAAUGUACUUCCUCCUCGCAAAUUUGUCUUGCUUAGAAUUAUGCUAUAGCUCAACCAUUUUGCCCAGAAUGUUAGAAGUUUUCCUAACUGGGAACCAGUCCAUAUUGGCAAAUUUAUGUUUCACACAACUGUAUUUCUUUGGUGCCUUGGCAACAGCAGAAUGUUACCUCCUAGCUGCCAUGUCUUAUGACCGUUACCUAGCAAUAUGCAAACCAUUGCAUUAUGUCACCAUUAUGGAUGCAAGAUCUUGUCUGCAGCUAGCAAGUGGUUCCUGGAUUGUUGGAUUCCUUGUUAACUUUGUGACCACCUGCUCAGUAACACAUUUAGUAUUCUGUGGACCUAAUGUAAUUGACCACUUCUUCUGUGAUUUUGCUCCAUUACUUCAACUGUCCUGCAGCAAUACCCUGAAAACACAGCUACUGAUAUUUGUUCUAUCAGUUGUGUUUGGCUUGCUUCCCUUUCUUUUAACUCUUACGUCCUAUGGCUAUAUUAUAAGAAACAUUCUGAGGAUCCCAUACACUAUAGGCAGGAAAAAAGCAUUUUCCACCUGCUCCUCACAUCUUAUUCUGGUUACACUUUUUUAUGGGACUAUAGUCAUUGUAUAUGUGUUGCCAAAAAACAACACACUUAGAGAGCUUAACAAAGCCUUCUCUGUCAUCUAUACUGUUUUAACUCCUCUGGUGAAUCCUUUUUUGUACAGCCUGAAAAAUAAAGACAUUAAACAUGCUUUGAGCAAAGCUGUCAGACAUUUUAUGAAUUGA